AUGUCAGAUAGUGAAGAGAGUGAUGGAGAAGGCGGUCUUGGUAAUCUGAACCGCCUGAUUGUCCGUCCGCCAGGACACAGCGGAAAAGCGAAGCGUGGUCACCUGUGCUUUGACGCGGCAUUCGAGUGCGGCAACUUGGGCAGAGCGGACCACAUCACAGAGCUAGAGUACGAUCUAUACAUCAGACCGGACACCUGCAGACCGAGAGCCAGGUUCUGGUUCAACUUUACCGUGGAAAACGUUAAACAGGACCAGAGAGUCAUCUUUAAUAUUGUUAAUUUUGGAAAAGAAUUUACGUUGUACGAUAAAGAUAUGACACCACUGGUUAGAUCAACUUCACGGCAAAAAUGGCAGCGUAUACCAAGACGUCUUAUCUUCUAUCACAAGUCGCUAGUACAUCGAGGUCGCAAGAUCUUGAGCCUGGCGUUUGGAUUCGAUCGUGAAGAAGACGUAUACCAAUUCGCUGCUGCAGCGCCGUACUCUUACUCAAGAUUGCAGAAAUAUUUAGCCACGUGGCAGAAAAGAGCAGAAAACUUCGCUACAAGGGAAACAAUCGCACAAUCAACGCAAAAACGACAAAUUGAUCUAAUCACGAUUGGCGAUUUAAAUCUGAAGGAACCAGAAUAUAAGGACGAAAAUUUAACGAAAAUAAAGGGCAAUGAGAAUAAGAAACGAGUGGUGCUUGUGAUUGCCCGAGCGCACGGCGGAGAACCACCCGCUUCAUACAUCUGCCAGGGUUUGCUGGAUUACCUCAUUAGUUCUGCAGAAAACGCAUCUGCACUAAGAGAUCAUAUAGUGAUACAGGUGGUGCCCAUGUUGAAUCCCGAUGGUGUGUUCCUGGGCAGCCAGCGUGCCGACCUUCUCGGCUCUGACCCUAACCGCAGCUGGCACCGAGCUACCACCUUCGCACACCCACCACUCAUCGCAGUCAAAGAACAUAUAAAAAAGAUUACCAGUGAAAAGAAACUUCAGUUAGAUUUCAUCAUCGACAUCCACUCGGACAUCAGCCAUGAAGGCGUUUUCGUACGAGGCAACUCUUAUGAUGACGUGUACAGAUUCGAGCGUCAUGCAGUGCUGCCUAAGUUCCUAUCACUGCGUCUGGAGGCGUGGCGGCAGGAGCAAUGCGUGUACAACGCGGAGCCCGCGCUCGCUGGGAGUGCGCGCCGCGCGCUGCCGCCGCCCGGCGUCGAUGGAUACACCCUCGCCGCCUCGCUGGCGGGCCGCCGGCUCAGCCCCACUGGACCAUACAUACACUACACUGAAGAUGCUUAUGCAAGAAUAGGCCGAGGCGUGGUGAAAGCUCUGUGCGACUACUACCGCCACGUAGGAGUGGUGCCGCCGCGGGUUGGCGCGCCCAGCAAGCGUCGCGAGACUCGCAGCCGACGCAAGCGCAGGCGUGCGCACUAUGAACGGGAGAGAUCAAUUAGUUGGUCCCCCGAGCGGCGGGGGCUGGCGGCGCGCGUGCUGUCGCCUCCGCUGCCGCAGACGUCGCCUGCGCCCCGCGCGUUGCCUCCGCGCACCGCACGGCAUUCCGUGCUGCGAUCGCGUCCGCAGCGCCCCCUUGAUGACAACGUGCUACCUAUUAUUACUGGCACAGCGGUGCGUACACCGCGCCUGUCCGUGGUGGACAUGUGCGCGAACAUCCGCUCGGCCGCGUCGCCGCCGCGCCCGCGCCGCGCCGCUCGCGCGCUGCCCGCCCGCCGCGCGCCGCGCCCCGCGCGCACUCGGCACGCGCACACCAGCGACGAGUACGACACGCACGAGUCGGACUCAUAG